AUGUCAGAGUUGCACCCUCUAGCAUGGUCAGUUUACGAUAUCGCGGACCAAAUCGACAGAUUCAAGGAAUCGACCUAUCCAGAAAAUCAACAUUGGAUCAAAGAAGGCGAUGAAGGGUUGGAGAAAGCUCGCCUAACACUUCUUGGCGAUCUCGAAGCGAUGAAGAGACAGCUCCAGAGCCCUGAGGAGGCGCUUUCAGACAUUAUGUACUUCCCUGCGGACCUAGCAUCUCUGCUCAUCAUCCAUGAUCUGAACCUCCCACAACUCAUACCUCCAUCAGGAUCCAUAAGCUAUGACGACUUAGUAAUGUCCCAUAACACUCAGACGGGGACAUGCGUCGAGGAAGACCCACUUCGUCGCAUCAUAAGCUACGCCAUCACCAAAGGCAUCUUCCGCGAGCCCGAGCGAGGUCGGGUCGCACAUAGUGAGCUCUCACUGCUCUUGAGGGACUCUGGACUCUUCGAGCUGCUGGGAGUAUCGUUGCAGGAGCUGCUGCCCGCCCUGUUACGGCUUCCCGAUGCAUUUACUUCCCCGAGGGAGUCCAUCGAGCCAAACGAAACAGCGUACAAUAUUGCUCACGGAACAGACUUACCCAUGUAUCGCUUCCUGCAACAGCAUCCAGAGCGUGCAAAACGCUUCGGCCGAGCGAUGUCGCAUGGUCGCCACGUUGAUAACCACUUCCUGCAGCAAUCUUUUGCUUGGGCUAAGUAUGAUAGCCCCGGCAUGACCAUCGUCGAUGUGGGAGGCGGACAUGGCAACGCGGCUGCGUUCCUCGCGUCGUCUACCAAGCACAUGCGCUUCAUUGUCCAGGAUCUGGACCACAUAGUAGCUGCAGGCAAGGCGAUGUUGCCCGCCGAGUUGCGAUCAAGGGUUGACUUCACAGCGCACGACUUCUUCGAUGAACAGCCUGUGAAAGGGGCAGACGUGUAUCUUCUCGCAAGGAUCAUGCUCAACUGGAGCGAGAAGUACUGCCUAAAGAUCCUGCGGGCCUUGGUCCCAGCGCUGAAGGUAGGAGCCAAGAUACUCUUUUACGAGCAUGUCUUCGACGCCACGGCUGAAUAUCGGGGGAAUCACAAAGAGAAAUGGUAA